UAUGAGUAUGGACUAGGACACAACUGUGCCUUGCUGCUGCUCAAAUAGAUAUAAAGGGUUAGCCAUGAGUGAUGCGAUCUAACGGCUUCCCCUUUAAAAUGUGCCCAUAGCCUUGAGAAGACUAGUUGUCCUGCCCUUCCAGUUGUAUACAUCACGCACAGGUGUCAAGUAAUACUCGCCUAUCGUUCACUGCGCUUCUUUGUCGCCUUCGACAGAUCGAUCUGGCAUAAUACUAUUGGCCCGGCCACCAUGAAGGCUUAUAGGAAAGCGAUAGUCUGCGCGUUGGCCGCGGUGCCGGCUUGCGUACAUGGCCUAUACGUCAAUGGUUCGGUCAUUACACCAUGUGACUCUCCGAUAUACUGCCAGGGCGAGAUUUUGAAACAGAUUGAGCUUGCGAAACCAUUCUCAGACUCAAAGACUUUUGUAGAUUUACCAACUAUCCGUCCCCUAGAUGAGGUGAUUGCUGCUUUCAACAACCUGACAAAGCCCUUGAGCAAUAACACUGAAUUGAACGAUUUCUUGACCACCUAUUUCGGUAAGGCUGGUUCUGAGCUGACUUCAGUUCCUGCGGACCAGUUGACUACAGACCCCUCGUUUUUGGAAAAGACCAACGAUGCUGUAAUCAGGCAAUUCACAGAGAAAGUCAUUGAUAUUUGGCCAGACUUGACGAGGCAGUACAUUGGUGCCGGAAACUGCACAGGUUGUGUAGACAGUUUUAUCCCGCUCAAUCGCACUUUUGUUGUCGCUGGCGGAAGAUUUAGAGAAGCUUAUUACUGGGAUUCCUACUGGAUCUUGCUUGGCCUCCUACGGACCGGAGGUAGCUUCACGGAGAUCUCCAAGAACAUUAUUGAGAACUUCCUGGACUUGGUUGAUACGAUCGGAUUUAUUCCUAACGGCGCCCGCAUUUACUAUCUGAAUCGUUCGCAACCCCCGUUAUUGACGCAGAUGGUUAAAGCCUAUGUUGAUUACACCAACGACACAAGUAUUCUCGAGCGAGCCGUGCCAUUGUUAAUCAAGGAGCAUGAGUUCUUCACAACGAACAGAUCAGUACAAAUCAGUUCCGGGCGUAACUCAUACACCUUGACUCAUUAUAAUGUGGCAAACACUCAACCUCGUCCUGAAUCUUAUAGGGAGGACUAUAUCUCAGCCAAUAACCGAUCAUAUUAUGCAACAUCAGGAAUCAUCUACCCUGAAGUGAAUCCGCUCAAUGAUUCGGAAAAGGCAGAGCUUUAUGCAAACUUGGCCACUGGUGCAGAAUCGGGAUGGGACUAUUCUUCUCGUUGGUUAAUGAAUCCCAGCGAUGCAGCGGAUGAUGUCUAUUUUCCGCUGCGCUCCCUGAACGCAAGAAACAUCGUCAGCGUAGACAUCAAUUCCAUCAUGUACGCCAACGAGAUUGUUAUCGCCGAUUAUCUCGAGGCCGGUGGAAACGACACAGGCGCCACAACAUUCAGGGAACAAGCCGAAGCACGGUCUGAAGCGAUGUAUGCCCUAAUGUGGAACGACAAGUACAAUAGCUAUUUCGACUACAAUCUGACAUCCGCGUCGCAGAACAUCUAUGUUCCAAUCGAUGCGGAUACGACAAGUGCCCAGAAAUCAGAUGCACCUGAAGGUUACCAGGUUCUCUUCCAUGCUGCUCAGUUCUACCCAUUCUGGCUCGGCGCUGCGCCGCCGCAACUGAAGAACAACCCACUUGCAGUCAAGAUUGCUUACCAGCGUAUAGCCGACCUGCUUGAGGAGACAGGCGGGGCCAUCCCGGCUACGGACUUCACAACCGGCCAGCAAUGGGAUCAGCCAAACGUCUGGCCGCCAUUGAUGCACGUCCUAAUUCAAGGUUUGCUGAACACGCCGGCAACGUUUGGGAAGGACGACCCCUACUAUGUUGAGACGCAGGACUUAGCACUGGGGCUUGCGCAGCGAUACCUAGACAGCACUUUCUGUACGUGGCGCGCUACUGGUGGGUCGACAGACGAUGAACCACAGCUUCAGGGUUUUGACUCCUCGGACGUGGGUAUUAUGUUUGAGAAGUAUGGCGACAACUCGACCAAUGCUGUGGGUGGUGGUGGUGAAUAUGAGGUUGUCGAAGGUUUCGGCUGGAGCAACGGCGUCUUAAUAUGGGUUGUCGAUACUUUCAACGCGAAACUAACAAGGCCUGAAUGUGGCAAUAUCACGGCUGCUGAUAUAACGACCGCGAAGAGAGAUGUGCCACCACGCGCGGUCGAGCUGCACCCUGUCGAUUCUAGAUGGGUCAAGAAGUUUGGCAGACAUUCCAUGAAGGCAUGAUCUUUUCAAGUAGACAUUGGUAUUAGUGGUAAUUUCUGAAUCUUUCAUUACAACGCUUUGUCAUAGUUGUCGUUCCAUAAUGAACAACCCUAUUACAG